AAAACCAUCAUGUGUCCUCAAUCAUGUCUUCAACUGUCUGAUAAAUAGUUCUUUCAAAACUUAUGUAAAUUUUGACUACGAUAAUCGUCAUGUCAUAUCACGUACCCGAAGAUCGAAUGUAUAGAUAAAAUAGAUAAAAAAGAACCCCGCCUUAAAACUAAAAUCAGAUUUGGAAGACAACACUCAAGUGUGAUCGCCUACAAUUGUCAGGGCAGUGUUCGCUAACAUUAAUAUUAAUCGUAAAUCGAAGAAAGUGCAUUUCAGAAGUUGUGAAGAAAUUUAAUAUAUUUUUUUCCGACAUGGCAAACACCGGCUUGUUGGUUUUAACAAAUCCCGCUAAGAUGAAGGGAUUGUUGGUCGUAAUCCAGAAGCACGUUCUAAAGACACUGUACAUUCAGUACCUUCCGGAGAAGAAUAUCUUUGCGGGAGGUAAUAAUUUCUCGAUGGUGCAGCGGACAGGGCCGGAAUAUUCCAAGAAAAUCACCGACAUUUACAUGAACACGUCCACGAUUGCUUCCCGUCUAGAUAUUCGUAUUUUGCUCACCAAUUUGAAGUAUCCUGACAGAUCUGUCAUAAACACCAAAAAACCUGUGGAGGUGGUGAUCUUCGAUCAAAGAUGCAGCAAGGAGGAGGCGGAUACUUUCAUACAGGAUCACUUGGCGAACAAGUCGAUGAACUACCGUUUUGUCAAUUAUAUAUACGGGCCGGGUCCAGUUAAAACUUCAGAAUGUGAUAUUCAGAAUUUGAAGACUUACAAGAAUGUAGUACUGGGCGGCACAUUCGAUCGGUUGCAUAACGGGCACAAGAUCCUGUUGAGCGAGGCUGCCUUGCGCUGUACAGAAAGACUUACCGUUGGCGUGACAGACACCAACAUGAUCACUAGUAAAAUAUUAUGGGAGCUUAUACAACCAUGUACGCAAAGGAUAAGGGAAGUUGAAGAAUUUUUGGAGGAUGUGGAUUCAUCAAUAACACCUAAUGUUGUUCCUAUCGAUGACAUGUAUGGACCUACUAAGGAAGAUCCAACAUUGGAAAUGUUGGUUGUGAGUGAAGAGACAAAGCGUGGAGGUGAUAAAAUCAAUGAAUUACGUAUGCAAAAAGGUUUAAGCAAAUUGGAUAUUUAUACAGUAGAAUUAGCGAUUGAUGAAAAUCAUAACGAGAAUGAAGAGGAAAAAAUCAGCUCUAGUAAUCACAGAAGGCGAUUACUUGGCACAAAGCUUCAAGGUUCUAGAGACUACAUCUCAAAACCUUACAUUAUUGGUUUAACGGGUGGUAUCGCAAGUGGAAAAUCCUCGGUUGGUAAAAAAAUGCAACAACUCGGCGCUGGUCUUGUAGAUUGUGAUAAAUUGGCCCAUGGUUUAUACUCGCCUGGGACAGAGUGCUUCAAUAAAAUAGUUGAACAUUUUGGUUCUUCUAUUCUUAAUUCGGAUGGAUUUAUAAAUAGAAAGCUGCUUGGUGAUAUAGUAUUUAAUAACAAGGAACAAUUGGAGAAAUUGAAUAAAUUAAUUUGGCCUUUAAUUCUGCAAGAAGCUAAAAAAGAAGUACAAAAACUUUUUCGAAAAGGUCGUGAUAUUGUUGUACUAGAAGCAGCAGUUUUGAUUCAAGCUAAAUGGCAGAAUGAAUGCAAUGAAAUUUGGACUUGUAUCAUUCCACAAAAUGAGGCUAUAAAACGAGUAAUGGAUAGAAAUAAAUUAUCCGAGGAAGCAGCAAAACUACGAAUCGAAAUGCAACCAAGUAACACUGAGCAAGUUAAAGAGGCCAACGUCGUUAUAAGUACUUUGUGGAGUAAUGAAGAAACCCUAAUACAAGUAGAAAGAGCAUGGAGAGAAUUAAUAACAGAUAUAAACAAAUUACAAAGAGGAAUUUAUAAAUAACAUUUAAUCAUUCCAUGUACAAUUUGUAAUUAUUAUAUUACUACUAUAUAGUUGAUAUACUUGAUAAUAUAUUGAAACGUUGAUGAAGAAAAUGUUGGUAAUCAGGUGAGGUGUGUAUCUGGCUGUAUAAGCUAUACAAAGGUAGACAUUGAUAAUAAAAGAGUACUAUUUUUUAUUAUGUAUACAACUGUUAUAAAAAAGUGAAUAUAUCAUUUAGAAAACAA